AUGGAUAACAAGAAAAUGGAGUUUUACGAAGAAGUUAAGGAGGAAGGGAGUAUCUGCACAUCUGAACCCACGAAGGUUCCAAUAGUAGCGCCGCCGGUGGUCAUCAUUUCGAGAUCAAAGAAUAAUAAAGUGAGAAUGCCAGUAACACCAAGGAUUAUAAUAAAGAAGCUUGCAACCUUUUCUUACCAAGAUAGUAAGAGGGUUCCGUGGAACUACGAGUGCAAUACAACUGUCCCUGGAAAGGAGACUGCAAAGGACCAAUGUGUGAGUACCGAUCCAGAACCUGUGAAAGGAAAGGCCGUAACAGUGGAGCAAAAAGGGAAAAUAACUGAGCCAGUUUCAUCCAUUAACGAGCCAAUAAAAGAGGAAGAAGCUGUGGAAUUCCUCAAAUUUUUGAAGCAUAGUGAGUAUAAUAUUGUCGAACAGUUGCACAAACAACCGGCUCGUACAUCUGUACUAGCCUUGCUCUUGAAUUCCGAAGUACACCGUAGUGCGUUGAUGAAGGUGUUGAAUGAAACCUAUGUAGUCAAUGAUAUUUUUGUCAAUAAAUUGGAUCGGUUGGUCAAUAAUAUCAGUGCUGAUAACUUCAUAUUCUUCAACGAUGAUGAGAUACCACCUGGCGGCAUGGGGUCUACCAAGGCUUUGCAUAUCACAACACGAUGCAAGGGGUAUACUUUGCUAGGAGUGUUGAUUGACAAUGGAUCAGCUUUGAAUGUGUUGCCAUUAUCCAGACUUAACAGGCUUCCCAUAGACAGCUCUCACAUCAAAACAUGCCAAAAUAUAGUGAGGGCGUUUGAUGGUACAGAAAGAAAAGUCAUGGGAAGAAUUGAGAUACCUUUAUUGAUUGGCCCAACGAUUUAUGAGCAAAAAUUGAAGUUGGUGACAGAAGGUCGGCUAGUGAUAAUAAAUGCCGAAGAGGAUAUUAUAGCGGCUGUAUCCAACGAGGCGCUGUAUGUGGAGACCAAUGAAAAAUUGGUAGAACGCUCUUUUCGAUCUCUGGAGAAAAGGAGCUUUACCCGGAAGAGGAUUAGGGAAUACCUGCAAGGGGGAAUUGGGGUCCCAACACUAAAAGAGAAACAAGACAACUUUGUUUUAGGGUACAAGCCAGAUAGAGGGCAGAGAAGGAAGGAGCUAGAAAGGAGGCAAGAAAUAAGAAGGGAGCGUCUGAAUGGGCAGGAAAUCAAAUGGGAGCCAAUGAUCAAUCCUCACAUAUCCAAAACCUUCGUAUCCGGAGGGACCAUUCAUUCUAAGAGAAAUGUACUAAUUGAAGAAAGAAUUGAAGAGACGUUGGAAAAUGUGCACAUCAAUGUCAUAUAUGAGAAAGCUAAUGAUGAAGGGAGUAUGUUAGAUAUCUUCCCUUUUGAACCUGGGAGUGUUCUAGAUAAUUGGACUGCGGAAGAAAUACCUGAAGUCUUUAGAAUUCUCUCAAAGUAA